GGGUAUAGUUUUGCAAGGGAGGGAUGGUUCACCGAGCUUGCAAGUCUGUGGCCGGGUCAGGGACUAUCGCUGAGAGUGGAAGAAAUUCUGUUUGAAGGGAAAUCAAGCUUCCAGGAUAUUUGCGUCUUCCAUUCAGAGGCACACGGACGAGUGCUUGUCCUGGACGGUGUGAUCCAAUGCACAGAAAGAGAUGAAUUUGCAUACCAAGAGAUGCUUGUCCAUUUGGCAAUGUGUGCAGCACAGGAGGCUCCGCGACGAGUGCUGGUGGUGGGUGGUGGUGAUGGUGGGGUGCUGAGGGAGGUAUCACGCCAUCAUUCUGUGGAGAAAAUGGAGAUUGCAGAAAUUGAUGGAAAAGUGAUCGAAGUGGCGAAGGAGUUCUUUCCAAAGAUGGCGAUUGGUUUUGAGGAUCCGCGUGCAGAUGUUCAUGUGUGUGAUGGACUGGACUAUGUCAAGAAUGCAGCUGAAGGAAUCUAUGACGUUAUUAUCGUUGAUUCCUCAGAUCCAAUUGGGCCAGCAGAAGUUCUGUUUGAGAAGACCUUCUUCGAGAACAUGCAUCGUGCUCUGAAGCCAGGGGGCAUUGUGGCCACGCAAGCAGAGAGCCUGUGGCUACAUCUCAACAUAAUUGAAGGCUUGGCUGGCAUGUGCAACGACGUGUUCCAAGGCGGGAGCGUGUCCUACGGAUACACCACCAUACCUACGUACCCAAGUGGUCAGAUUGGAUUCAUGGUUUGCAGCAAACGCCCAAGCCAAGGGCCUCCUCUGGAUCCACGCGAAUGCCGACGACCGCCACCUUCUGCUCCCAAGGGGAGGGACUAUCCUCCGCUAAGGUAUUACAACUCGGCCAUACACCGAGCCGCGUUUGUGCUUCCGGAGUUCGCGUCCAAGGCACUUGCGGGAAAGCUGUCUUUUCAGUGA